GGCGGAAUCGGGCGUGGCUUAGGACCCGGGGGCGGUUUCCCUGCGCGACUGUGGAACUCCGAAGUUGUGCCUGACCGAGGGCUGUGACAGGCAGGCCUGCCGGCGUGUUCCCUCCUGCGGCACCGACUCCCCUCCGCGCCACCGACUCGCGCCAACAUGACCGGCUCACUGUUCAAGGCAAACUUUUGGAGCACGGACAUCCUCAGCACCGUGGGCUACGACAGCAUCAUCCAGCACCUGAACAAUGGCCGCAAGAACUGCAAGGAGUUCGAAGAGUUUCUAAAAGAAAGGGCAGCGAUUGAAGAGAAAUAUGGCAAAGAUCUGCUCAGCCUCUCCAGGAAGAAGCCAUGUGGACAGUCUGAGAUCAACACCCUGAAGCGGGCCUUGGAAGUCUUCAAACAGCAAGUAGACAAUGUGGCCCAAUGUCACAUUCAGCUUGCACAGACUUUAAGAGACGAAGCCAGAAAGAUGGAAGAGUUCAGGGAAAAGCAAAAGCAACAACGGAAAAAGACAGAGAUUGUCAUGGAUGCUGCCCAUAAGCAAAGGAAUUUACAGUUCAAGAAAACCAUGGAUGCAAAGAAGAACUAUGAGCAGAAAUGCCGGGACAAAGACGAGGCAGAACAGGCUGUCCACCGGAGUGCCAACAUGGCAAACCAGAAGCAACAAGAAAAGCUUUUUGUGAAACUAGCAACUUCCAAGACUGCGGUAGAGGACUCUGACAAAGCAUACAUGCUGCAUAUCAACACGCUGGAUAAGAUCCGAGAAGAAUGGCAGAGUGAGCACAUCAAGGCCUGUGAGGUGUUGGAGGCUCAAGAAUGUGAACGAAUAAACUUCUUCCGGAAUGCACUGUGGGUACAUAUGAAUCAGCUGUCACAACAAUGUGUCAAAAGUGAUGAAAUGUAUGAACAAGUUCGUAAAACUUUAGAAAUGUGCAGCAUCAAGAAGGACAUCGAGUACUUUGUCAAUCAACGCAAAACCGGACAGGUUCCACCAGCACCCAUCAUGUAUGAGAACUUCUACUGCCCCCAGCGGAACGCAGUCCCAUCAGGAAAGACGGCAGGGCCUAACUUGGCAAGGAGAGGACCUCUUCCAGUUCCUAAAAGUGUACCAGAUGACCCUGCUUAUUCUUUGGUCGAUGACUACAGUUUGCUCUAUCAGUAACAUAAAGAGAAGAAAACUUUCUCCAGCUAGUGCUUCUGUGGCAUGAAAAGAGGCACCCAGAGCACCAGAAUCCAGAAUCCAGAGCUUUGUCAAUCAUGAAGACUUUGAAGUGAACCCUUGUUGCAAUUCUUGAAUAUUUAAAAUUUAUAGUAGACAUCAACUCAAGCUAGUAGAGUGCUACCUUUUUUUUUUUUUUGACAAAGUUUACAAAUCACCCCAGACUGAAGCAUUAUUCUCUCCUAGUCACUCACUAAAGUUGUAAAAAAACUGUUUCCUGCUUGGAAUUCGGAGUUUAGCUCUUGAUGGGGCAGAGGUGGCUGCAGUGGAGUCUGAGCUGUCAACUGCAGAAGAUGCUCCUCUGACUUUGGGCUUUGGCUUUGGCUGUGUCCUGAACACAGAGCAGCAUGGCUUUGGAAUCUCUGCAGUGACAUACCCUCUCAGUGGUGUAAGUCACCCUUGUUUUUGACUGGAAGACUUAGAAGCCAUCUGAUUGCAUGUUCUCAUUUUACAGAUGAGGAAACAAGGCCCAGAAGUGUGAAUUCAGUUUCCUUACAGUUCUGCCAGUGGAUGAGAGAUGGAACUGGACCCAAAAGCUCAUUCCACAUCACUUAUUCUAACCCUUUGUGAGGCUGUGAUGCUCAAGCUAAAAUUUAAAAUGCCAAAUAGUUUUGCCAGCAUUUUUUUUCAGUUGGGAAAAUUACUAGGAUUUAAAUGUUAAACAUUUUUAGAAAGGAUGAAUCACUGUGUACUGAAUUACAGAGCAGCAUAUUUAACAUAAUCUGAGAAGCUGUGGAUUGUAAAUUAUGCCACUAUUUCACGUACCACUCAGAAGGUGGGGUGGUGGAGGUGCCAAUUAAUUUGUGACAGCCCGUUGACAGCCAAACCCAUUUGAAUUUGAGACAGUGAAGUGUGACCAAAAAAAUU